UUGGUGCUUUCACAUCGGAUACCGGACGGCUUGUUCUGGGUGGCAGCGAACGAGGCGAAAAAGGAAACGCAUGCUCUGUUCAACUUCUUGAUUCCGGUCAUCCACUGGCAUCGUCAGUGGAACAAUGGACACAAAUGCAUCACAUCGACAGAAAAGCAGUCGAAAGGAGUAAGGCUGCUUACUCUUCAUAGCCAUAACGAAGCGACUCACACUCUCAGCAGCCAUUCUGAUGAAGAC